UCUCAAUUCACACACAAGGGUCGGGACUUUUCUUCCUUUCACAGAUUCAUUCGUCUUCCUUCUCCCUCUGCAGUUUAUAGGUCCUUACAGUUUCUUGCCUGGAUGAAUCUCGGGAUCUCGCGGAAGAGAAGGACCCCCGAGUAGCAGCUUAUCUUUAAGAAGAAGGGGGGUGAUCCAGAGGGAAGACGCCAUGGGCGGCGUCCCGUCAACUCCGAGGAGGGCUGCGCGACUUCGCACCGAGGCGGAGGGCCUCCUCGGCGUCUUUGUCGGUGAGAAGCCGGUUCCACUAUCGUCGAAUUUUUGGCAAGAGCUGCUCGAGCUGCCCUUGACUGUACGGUGGCCGGAGGAGAGGGUGCUUGAGGCCUGCCAGGCUCUAGCACAGAAUAAUUACUACACGAGGCACCUCGCCAAGAUUAUGAUCAUACUUGUCUUGUGCUUGCAAGAAUUGACAGCUGUAGGUGCAGCGACACCCACCCUUUACUUAAAAGCUAUAAAUGGAACACAUAUAUCUUCUAUUUUCUUGAAAUAUUUGAUAGAAAAUGCCAAGAGCAACAACUUUGAAGAGCUUUAUCUUAUCCUUGAGGAGGAAGAAAUGCACAAGAAUUUCCAAAAUGGUCAGGUUGGAGCUUUUAUCAUGAAGGGCUUACUUAGCUUUAUCAGCAUGUCAGAGAUAAGUUCCGAUUCAUGUCUCCUCCAUCAUGAAGUGCUUAACUUGAUGCUUGUGGCUAUGUCGACCCAGCUUCGAUCUGGGCCCUCUCCAGGGCCAAAAGAUGUCCAUCCAUUUAUUGAUGCUGCAAUGAUGCAAGGCAAUGCCUUAGUUGGUUCUGUUGUUCGCAAAUUAUUGCUUACGUAUAUUACAAGGCCUGGCAUGCCUUUUGCUUCUACAUCUUAUCUGCCUGUUUCUGGAGGCCAAUCUGGUGUUCUACAAAAAGUUGGAUCUGCUGCUGCUUCUUUUGUUCUUCUGCCAUAUUACACGUUCAACUAUCUUGUUAGUUCUAGUGGUGAAGGAUCAAGGAGUUCAUUGGCAGAUAACAGCCUCCUUAUCUUGCUUAUUCUCAUCCAUUAUCGGAAGCGCAUCAAUGCGGACAACUCUUCUCUGGAGAAAAUCGAAGCAAUUAACAACGCUAAUGGGUGCCUUAAAGUAGAUUCAUUUUUUGAUGAGAAUUCCUACUGCAGAGCUUUGGAAAAUGCAAGAGAUGUUGAGUUUGACCUUGUAGAUGUGGAGAGUGAUGCACAAAGUGGGCCGGUUGUAAGACUUCCGUUUGCUUCUCUGUUUGACACUCUUGGGCUGUACUUGUUUGAUGAGAGCUCUGUCUUGCUUCUUUACUCAUUGGUGCAUGGAAAUUCUAAUUUCUUGGAGUAUGUUUUGGUGCGGACUGAUUUGGAUACAUUGCUGAUGCCUGUACUGGAGAUGCUGUAUGAUGCUUCAAAGAGGACCUCAAAUCAGAUAUAUAUGCUGUUGAUUAUCCUACUCAUACUAAGUCAAGAUUCGUCUUUCAAUGCAAGCAUCCAUAAGCUGAUACUUCCAAGUGUUCCUUGGUACAAAGAGCGUCUUCUGCACCACACUUCUCUUGGUUCUCUGAUGGUUGUGAUACUCAUUAGAACAGUAAAGUAUAAUCUUUCAAAGCUGCGGGAUGUGUAUCUCCAUACAAACUGUCUUGCAACUUUGGCAAACAUGGCUCCACAUGUUCAUCGAUUGAGUGCAUAUGCUUCACAAAGGCUAGUUAGCCUUUUUGAUAUGCUUUCACGCAAGUACAUGAAAUUAGCAGAGACCAGAAAUGAUAAGAUUCUUAAAAUUGAAGGUGUCUUUGUUGAAGGAGAGGAAUUAUCAGAAGAUACGUCAUCAGAGCUACACAUCUACACAGAUUUCCUAAGAAUUGUUUUAGAAAUCUUAAAUGCAAUUCUUUCAUAUGCUUUGCCAAGAAAUCCUGAGAUUGUUUACGCAAUAAUGCACCGGCAGGAGGUGUUUCAGCCUUUCAAGAAUCAUCCACGCUUUAGUGAACUACUUGAAAAUAUUUACACAGUUUUAGAUUUCUUCAAUAGUCGCAUGGAUGCACAAAAUAUGGAUGGGGAGUUGUCUGUUGAGAAGGUGUUGCAAAUAAUAAUCACUAAUUGUCGAUCUUGGCGAGGUGAAGGAAUGAAGAUGUUUACACAAUUAAGAUUUACAUAUGAACAAGAGCAUAAUCCAGAGGAAUUCUUCAUUCCAUAUGUAUGGCAGCUAGCCCUUUCAAACAGUGGAAUCGAUUUUAAUCCCAGUGCUGUUCACUUGAUUUCUGUUGAAUCACCUCCAGAAGAAGCGUAUGCCGAAAAUACUGCAGUGAUGACUCCCGAAGGUGAGCAGAUCGUGUAGGUUGCUUUUGGUCUUGUUCCCCUUAUUCCAUCUAAGCGUUUCUGAAGCGUCGGGUGCUGUAAAUAUAUAUAAAACAACAGAAAAUAUCUGUUCAUUCUUUGUGUUAUGUAAAUUGGCUGCAAAAGGUUAGUGCAUAAUUUUUCUUUUUGUUGAAUACAAAUGGUAAAAAUGUUGAAUAAGAGCUGCUCUCAAGUCUAUUAUUUUUCUGUAUUCA